AUGCACACGCAGGUGUCUGUGACGGUUGGGUUUGGUGGGGUGAGCGACCCUGCUGUGAUUGCUGGCAGCCCUGGCGCGGACUUUGAUGUGCCGGAUGACCGGUACGAGCUUCGGUUCCAGGUUGUUGAUGCGGCUGCAGCUUAUCCUCUUGCACUUUCGGCGCUGGAUGCUGCACGCGUGCCCACCGUGUCUGUGACGGUGCGGAACAACCUUGUGGAAGCGAUCAUUGUAAACGCCAGCCGGGUUCGAGCUCUUGCCAGCCAACCACAACUUGUUCCCGGGAGUAUUGACGGACCAGUUUCUCGCGAUGCUCAACUGACAGCGGAGGAUGCCGCUGAAGCUGUACACCGGCUUGUGGCAGCAGGCCUUCUUGAUGGCGAAGUCCUUGGACGGCGUGUGAUUGCGACAAGUGUUGCAGCCGCUCCUGGAACUGUCUCCACGAUGGUUGCUCCUGUUUCCACGUCUACUUCUGCGUCAGCACCCAUUUUCACUGCUUCCCAACCAGCCGGAAAUCCGCACACGUCUGUGGCCGCGUGGCCUGUUGCCGUGGGUGUGGCUGUCGCUGCAAUUUUAGUGGUCACACUUCUUGUGCUUGUUGUGCGCAUGCGUCGCAACCGCAUUCAGCUCAAGUCAACAAGUUCAGCACGAGGCCAACAGCAAUCAGACAUGCCCCUGUAUGAGAACCCGCUGUUCACUCCGAGCACAGGCGACGGCGCCGCAGCUGCUGUGCCGGUUGUCAGGGCACAGCACGCGUGGGAUGACACCACGUAUGACACGCAGGCAGCAAGCCAGCGCGGUGGCACGCCACGGCUGCGUGCACGCUGCGAUGGUCUCCAGUCGGGGUACUGUGAAACGAACUUCAACGCGAAUGCAGACGCAGCAUAUGAUGUUGUGCGGCAGCCGACGUCCUUUGCAUUACACCGGUGGGGCGACGAGGAGUACGACAUUUAACUAACGCAUGCUGCGUGUGACGAUGCUCGCAUGCUUCUGACUCUGCGUCGCACGGGUUUCGUUAGUUGUGCUGCUGGUGCUGGCUGAGUGAAAUGUGUGCUUGUGGCUGGGUGGUUUCAAGGGGUUUGCAGUGUUUGGCUUGGCCAAGCGUGAGGGGUCUACAUGUGUUUUGCUUGAUCUGUUGAUUGAUGAUAAGCUUGGAUUUGGGGUGUUUUUUUUUUCGGGUAAGCGCUCGUCGAGUGCUGUUCCUCGUUGGUUAUCUCUUUGUGCUUCUUGCACCUCUUUGCACCUCUUUGUUCUUGCCAGCAGUUACAUUACACAGCAGUACACAUCACAAGGGC